AUGGGAAGACAACCUUGUUGUGAUAAGGUUGGUUUGAAGAGAGGUCCUUGGACUAUUGAAGAAGAUCACAAGCUCAUGAACUUCAUCCUCAAUAAUGGCAUUCAUUGUUGGAGAAUGGUUCCUAAACUAGCAGGUCUUCUAAGAUGUGGAAAGAGCUGCAGACUGAGAUGGAUUAAUUAUCUGAGGCCAGACCUUAAAAGAGGUGGCUUCACAGAAAUGGAAGAGGAUCAAAUUAUACAACUACAUUCAUGUCUUGGAAACAGGUGGUCUAAGAUUGCUUCCCAUUUUCCUGGGAGGACAGACAAUGAAAUCAAGAACCAUUGGAACACACGAAUCAAGAAGAGGCUGAAACUCCUUGGUCUUGACCCUCUUACCCACAAGCCAAUUGGGCAAAAGGAACAUGCUGAUGAGGACACAAAUAAGACCAACCCACAGCCAAAUAUUUCAGGAGGUUCUGAAGAAAAUGUAAAGAUUACAUCCUUGGACAGUGAUGGUACCAUUGGAAUGACAAAAACAGAAGGGAAAAGAGAAGAAAACAAGGGGACUUGUGAUGAUACCACAGAACUUCUAAACAAUUUCGAAAUGUUAUGCUCACAGUUGAACUUGGGAUCUUGGAAGAGCCAAGAAACCAACACUAGUACUAAUUCUUUAUGUAGUUCUUCUGUCUCUGUGGAUGACACAAGCCACUUUUCUAUGGAUGAGUCCUCUUACCUUCAGGAAAGUUCCUUACAGCAAUGGGUGGAUAGUAUGGAUUCCAUUCUCUCAUGGGAUGGCUUCAGUUCUCUGGACCAAGACAUUUUCUUCAUGUAA